AGUGAAAGAGAAGCGACACAUUUCAUUCUCAGACAUUCAUGGAAGGAUCAAUGAAAGUGUUUGUGAAAGAGGAGCUCGAGCUCGCGGGGAAUCACUCGAUCAAAUGGUUUAUACACAAGCUUUGCUCUUCGCUAACGGGAUGUCCCGAAAAACCGAGCAGCAAAACCUAGCGAACGGUUUAAGGUUUCAGGAUUUCAUAGCACAUAACGAGAGAUUACAUCCCUGCGGAAGGCUCAUGAAAGCAGAAAGCUUAUCAAGUCUUGGAUCUCAGUGCAGUUUGGUGGAGGAAGAAGGCGACGAGGCUUGUCUUCAGCUCGAUCUGUCCAAACGCAUUGAAAAGUGCCUUUUUCAUGCCAAAAAGUCGAGUCUGCGCUGCCAGGAGCUGCGUCUGCCCCGGCGCAUGACCGAGCGCGUGGCUGGAGACAUCCUGCGCGCGUCCGAGGAUGAGCCUUGCGGGAUACGCGGGGCUUUGAUCCACGUGUUUCUGGAUAACAAGGGCGCGCUACAAAAACUGGGCACCGUGACGUCUGAUGAGAGUCUCACCCCCACCUUUGAGCUGUCACUCAUCUUACAGCCCGAUACGGACGGAUGGCCACCGCUGAAAAUCCUGUUCGGUUCUGGGAAAAAUGUGCUUAGUCUGAGACGGGAAUAUCGACUGAUUAAAAGGAAACUCUACUCAUCUGCCACUCCUGUUGUACUUGAAUUUUAUUAAGACUGAUAGGAUGUAAUGAAAUUAUAGGGAUAAAGGAAAGGAUAAACUUUCUUAAAACUAUAAAAACAGUUGCACUUUAAUUUAUAUUGUUACAUUAUGCACUAAAUGUUUUAAGAAUGUAUAACUUUCAUAUUAUUCAUUAAGUAUUGUAUUGGUUAACAUAAUUCAAAUGCCUACAUUCACUGAUCUGUUAAGCUAUAUAUAAAAUGUUAAUGACUUAAGUUAUUAUACUGUAGUUUCGCAGACAAGUCUUAAAUCAAGUACUAGACUGAAAUGCAUGUUUCAGCUGUCUUUAUCUGAAAACACGAAAUAUA